AUGGCGUCAAAAGGAAAAGAGGCAGCGCAAAGUAAAGAUGCUACGCCAACAAACCCACGGGGCAUCCCCUAUGCUCCGUUCGUCGACAAGGUCGAGGACUAUGUGUCUACCCGUGACGACGUCGAACCCACUCUACGAAGCUUCCAAGAAAUGAUAUCGAAAUACCAAUUCAUGGAGAUGAACCUACAGAAGCGAAUGGGUGGCCUCAAGGAGAAGAUCCCGGAUAUCCAGAAGACUCUUGACUCGGUCAAGUUUUUGAAAUUAAGAAAGGAUGACGACGAGGCGAUAGAUACGACGUUCGAACUGAACGACACUCUGUACUCGAAGGCGAAGAUUCCGGCGACAGAGGAGGUCUACAUCUGGCUAGGAGUAACGUCCCCUUAUCGCCAAAUUUGGCAGCAGGAAGCUGACAUUCUACAGGCGAAUGUGAUGCUCUCGUACCCCAUAGACGAGGCAGAGACACUAUUGAGCUCCAAGUUAUCCACGGCAAAGACCAGCUUGUCUAAUUGCGAAGAAGACUUGGAUUUUCUCCGCGAACAAAUUACGACAAUGGAGGUCGCUAUAGCAAGAGUUUACAACUGGGAGGUUGUGCAGAAGCGAAAGGACAAGGUCGAGGAGGAGGCAGAGAAGAAGAAAGGGAAGUCCCAAGGCGAAUAA